CGGACGGUUACCUGGAAGGUUCCGGUGAAUGAGACCCUAGGGCCAAUGGCCUUGAAAGUCCUCGGUCUCUCCACCUUUGAUGGAUCUCUCGACUUUUUGUUCAGGCCCGUUCGGUGGUGUCGACAAUGGCCGCUGGGCGCAUCUCCGCAAGUGUCAGCGAAUUGAUGUCGAGUGAUCGAUGGUGCCAUCCCCGCGAAGACCACCCCACGCUAGCGAGCCUGCCCCUGCACGCCCGCCUGUUACACCAGCUAAAAAAACCCGCCAAGCCCCUCUACUCUCAAGAAACUCAGAACUUUUUCCCACUGCUUGUCUCGCUCGACCCAACGCGCAACGUUCAACAUCUGAUUCAGUUCCGCCCCACAACACCCUCCUACCUACACCCCCCCCAACUUCACCAAACAAAUGAGCGGAUUCAGAGGAGGAGGCGGUGGACGAGGCGGCCGUGGUGGAGGGUUCUCUAGCCGUGGAGGAGGGGGAGGGUUCGGCGGUCGAGGUGGCCGCGGCGGCUCCUCUUUCAGCACCGGUCCCCCGGAUACAGUUCAAGAGAUGGGAACGGUCAUGCACUCGUGCGAAGGUGAAAUUGUUUGCGUUUCCAGCAAUACCAAAAUCCCGUACUUCAAUGCGCCGAUAUACCUCGAGAAUAAGUCGGUUGUUGGCAAGGUCGACGAGAUUCUAGGACCGAUGAACCAGGUCUACUUCACGGUCAAGCCGCAGGACGGGAUCGUUGCUACAUCAUUCAAGGAGGGUGAUAAAUUCUACAUUGGCGGUGACAAGCUUCUGCCAUUGGACCGAUUCCUGCCGAAGCCCAAGGCUCCUGCUGGUUCCAAAGUCUCGAAGAGGGGCGGUGCAUCCAGGGGUGGUCGCGGAGCUCCUCGCGGAGGAAGGGGAGGUUUCACACCAAGAGGACGUGGUGGCGCUCGCGGUAGUGGAGCUCCGAGAGGACGUGGCGGAUCGAGGGGAGGCUUCACCCCUAGGGGUCGUGGCGGUAGCGGUAGUGGUUUCACUCCUCGCGGUGGACGGGGUGGCUUCACGCCCAGGGGCAGAGGCGGCUAUUAAAAAAGUUACGGGCGGUGGGCGGAUAUCGAAUUGGUUGAACGCGAGUUAUGACAUGUCUUCUUGUGUAUAAUACGGAAGCGAUGGAGGGAUGGAUCAAAUGGUUCUGAGUAUGGCCAAUCUAUCCAGCGAGUGAUAAAAAGACGUGUGCGAAACGUCAGGGAAUUUAGUCUACAGUCAAUUAUUAUAUACAGGAAAUGAUAGCGCUA